CAGUUUCUUCCCUGCGGCCCAAACAGUCAUACUUCUAUCAUCUGAGAGCCACCAGGAAAAAGGAAAGCACUAAAAUGUCUGAAUCUGUUCCGAAAAAGCCCAAGAUUUCCGCAUCUCGUCGGUUAUUCUUAAAGACCAAAAUACUGAAGAAGGCCAGCUCCCUGCUGGCAGAGGAGAAGGAACAGAAAAGGACUGACAGAGAGAAAACCCUCAGUGAGAGAGUUCCUCCUCUCCAGCUGUCUGGACUGUCUGUGCAGGACUUGCAGAAUCUGUGCAAAGAACUCCAUCAGAAAAUUGACGUUGUUGACGAGGAGCGUUACGACGUCGAAUCUAAAGUGUCCAAAAGUGAAAAGGAGAUUGCAGACUUAGGCCACAAAAUCUUCGAGCUGAAGGGAAAAAUGAAGAGACCUGCCCUGAAGAGAGUGAGGGUGUCUGCUGAUGCCAUGCUGGGGGCUCUGCUGGGUGCCAAGCACAAGGAAUCCAUUGACUUUAAAGCUAACCUCAAGACAGUUAAGAAGGAAGAGGAAAAGAAAGAAGAAGUGACCGACUGGCGUAAAAAUGUGGAUGCUAUGUCUGGCAUGGAGGGCAGGAAGAAGAUGUUUGCAGGACCAAAUGCAUAAUUAAUUAGUAAAAAAAAAAAAUGUAAAUCCUAUGUGAAAGCUAUUUAAAAAUAAACAUAUUUAACUGCUA